UUGUAAACGAAGGAAAACAGCCUGAGAAAGUAUUUGAUGAUUGAAUUUGGAGGAGAAUAUUCGUAAUCUCUGGGAACAUUGAAAACACAUACACGCUCAACUGAGAGGUUACAAAAAGGGGAAUUGGGCUUUAGAGUAGGGAAAUUGAAAGGUGAAUCCGCGAAGCAGUGGUUUUUUUUCUUCAAUUGUUCAGCGAAGCAAAAGUCUCAGAAGCCACACUGAUGGAGCCCAAUGAAGCUCCAUUAUCGACUUCUCCAUCAAGCUUCAGUUUCAGCCAGCAACGUCAUUUCUACCUCGCCGUCGAUAGAAUUCAGUUCAAAAUGGAGACUUUGGUGGAUCUAUUGGGCAUGGCUGGCCGGCUAUGGGCCAUACCUAUUGUAGUUAGCUGCAGCACACGUGACGAGCUCGACGCUGUCUUCUCCGCCCUUUCCAAUAUCCCACAUAUUACAAUGGCCGCUCUGUACAGUGAUCUUCCUGAAGCGGAACGUGCAAGAGUUUUAGCUAGUUUUCGUCAGGCUACAAUGAGGUGGAUCAAGCAGGAUUCAGGGGAAACAGAGAAGGUAGAGGAGAAGUCUCAUUUGAUAGUUGUCACGGAUGUUUGCCUUCCCCUCGUUAACUCUGGGGAGUCACCUAUUAGUGCUCGUGUCUUGAUUAAUUAUGAGCUACCAACAAAGAAGGAAACAUAUAUGAGGCGCAUGGCUACUUGCUUGGCAGCAGAUGGAUGUGUGAUCAACAUGGUUGUUGGAGGCGAAGUUGUUACUCUCAAAAGCCUUGAAGAAAGUAGUGGCCUUCUCAUAGCAGAAAUGCCCAUUAAUAUUUUUGAGAUUCUGUGAAGAGAUGAGGCCCUGCAGAUGUCUUCUGAACCCAUGAGAUUUCAAGUAAUUAGGCAUAUGAUUAAAAAAUUCUCCACUUCUGUAGUACUACAUCAGACUGUCAUUUGGCUUUCCUGUGAAGAGAUGAGGCCCUGCAGAUGUCUUCUGAACCCAUGAGAUUUCAAGUAAUUAGGCAUAUGAUUAAAAAAUUCUCCACUUCUGUAGUACUACAUCAGACUGUCAUUUGGCUUUCCUGAGUAGAGUUCUGUUGUUGAAUUUGGAUCCUAUUCCAUGCUUUGUCAAUUAUGAGAUGAGUGUUGAUUA